CUGCUUUCCUUCUGGCAGGGUCCUGCAUUUCUAUAUAUUGGGCUGAUCCUGUCAUGGUCAUGGUCUGCGUUCGUCUUCCCGAUCUUGUUCCAUCCCCCGCCUUCACACAUCGACCCUGAACAUAGUCACAAUGACUACCGAGUACGAGAAAAAGGAGCUUGAGCUCACGGUCGACGCUGCUGGCGACCGGCAGGCUGGACAACUGAACGAUAAGUCAUUUCUGUUCAAGACGCGAGCAUGGAUUCGCAAAAUAGGCGCAGAGGAGAUUGGUAUUGAACGGAUCCCAGAAGAGAUGCGCACGAACCAAAACCCUCGCGACCUGUUCACCAUCUUCUUCAGCGCCAACUGCAAUGCGCCAACACUGGCCUUGGGCUUCUUGGGCCCUACCCUUUUCGGCCUCGGGUUCUGGGAUUCGUUCUGCUGCCUUCUCUUCUUCAACCUCUUCGGCGCUCUAUUCCCGGCAAUGGUCGCAUGCUUUGGCCCCAAAUUGGGGUUGCGUACCAUGAUCAUCCCACGAUACAGCUUCGGCUGGUGGCCCGCCAAAAUUCUUGCCAUCCUCAACUGCAUCAAUCAGAUCGGCUGGGCCAUGGUCAACGCCAUCUCCGGAGCGUCAGUCCUUUACGAUGUUGGCAACGGCAAACUCCCAUUGACCGUGUGCGUACUGAUCAUCGGUCUUCUCGCGGUCGUCCUGAGUCUUUUCGGUUACAAAGUUCUGCAUCUCUACGACAGAUACUCCUGGAUCGUUAUCCUGAUCUGCUUCAUCAUCCUCGCCGGCUUUGGUGGCAGCCACUUCGUCAACCUCCCCAUGGGCUCCGGGUCCCUCGAGGCCUCCAACGUCAUGUCCUUCAGCACCUCCAUUAUUGGAUUCGAGAUCGCUUGGCUGCCCGUUGCUGCCGAUUACGGUGUCUAUAUGCGCGAUACCACUCCAGACCGCAAGUCCUUCGGCUGGGCCUAUGCCGGAUUCCUCACCAGCCAGCUGUUCGUUGAAGUGCUCGGUGCGGCCAUCGGCACUCUCUACUUGAGUUCCGACACAUACUUUACGGACGCCUACGAUGACCGUGGUAUCGGUGGUCUCAUCGGCGCUUGCUUCGGCGUGUACGGCAGUGGUGCCCGCGGCUUCGGCAAAUUCAUCGAGGUCCUGAUCGCUCUGUCUUGCGUUGCCGUCAUCACGACAAACAUCUACUCCCUUGGCUUGAGCGUGCAGAUGGUCACCCGCAAGCUAAUCAUUGUCCCGCGUUUCGUGUGGUCGUUGCUCGGCGCCGUCAUCUUCCUUGCCGCCGCCAUCGCCGGCCGCGACCAUCUCGAAGAGGCUAUGUCCGACUUCCUGCUCAUCUGCGCGUACUGGAUCGUUCCCUUCGCCACCAUCCUGCUGCUCGAGCAUUUCAUUUGGAGGCGCGGAUACCAGUACGACCUCACCGCUUGGAAUGACAGCACCAAGCUGCCGCUUGGCAUUGCCGCCUCGGUUGCCUGGAUCGUUGGCACCGUUCUCUCCUUGCUUUGCAUGAGUCAAACGUGGUGGGUCGGCCCUAUUGCGGCAGGCAUCGGUGGCAGCCCUUAUGGCACCGACAUCAGCUGGAUCUUGGGCUUUGUUGUAACGGCCGUUGUGUAUGUCCCUCUUCGCAUGUGGGAGCAGAAAAAGUGGCACCGCUAUUAGAUGAGUGUGGUUGCCGAAAUGUACAAGAUGUCAGAUCGAGUCGAUGGCUGAUUGUCCAGGGUGGGACACUGUUUUUCGAGAGUCGAGAAGAGGUAUACCUCGGUUUUACUGCUACAGUAAUGAUUAUACCCCCUCCAAAAUUAAAAGUCGAACCUUUCCUCGAAAACAAC